AUGGCUACCCUCGCGACAACACCUUCGACAUCUCUCCCCACAGUAGCUGCCGUGGCCGCCCUCUUCGGGUUAUUCGUAUGGCCAGGGAGUGGGCCGCUACUCUCGGUGUUCUCCCUCGGGCUGUUCAGCGACAAUGCCGACGUCCUGUUGGAUACUGUGCGGUACUACGACUUGACAAACGUGCAAGGCACAGCGCGUGGGUGGGAGAGGGAGGAGCGCAUUCUGCUGUGCGUUCCGCUGCGAGACGCCGAGCCUCAUCUCAACAUGAUGUUUUCUCACCUGCGCAACUUUACCUACCCGCACCAUCUCAUCGAUCUCGCCUUUCUCGUGUCCGACUCCAAGGACCGGACCCUUGACGUUCUGGUCGAGAGACUCGAAGAUUUGCAGGCCGAUGAGGAUCCGAAGCAGCCGUACGGCGAAAUUCAGAUCAUCGAGAAGGACUUUGGCCAGAAGGUCAACCAAGACGUCGAGAGUCGCCACGGCUUCGCUGCUCAGGCUAGCCGGAGAAAGCUGAUGGCGCAAGCCCGGAACUGGUUGCUCAGUGCUGCCCUGCGCCCCUAUCACUCUUGGGUGUACUGGCGAGAUGUCGAUGUCGAAACCGCCCCAUUCACCAUUCUGGAGGAUCUCAUGCGCCAUAACAAGGAUGUUAUAGUCCCAAAUGUGUGGCGACCGCUGCCCGACUGGCUAGGAGGCGAACAGCCCUAUGAUCUGAAUUCCUGGCAAGAGUCAGAGACGGCACUUGCUUUGGCUGAUACCCUUGACGAGGACGCCGUGAUUGUGGAGGGCUACGCUGAGUACGCUACGUGGCGCCCGCAUCUUGCCUACUUGCGCGAUCCAUAUGGCGACCCAGACAUGGAAAUGGACAUCGACGGAGUAGGUGGUGUCAGCAUUCUCGCAAAGGCUCGAGUCUUCCGCUCUGGCGUCCAUUUCCCAGCAUUCAGUUUCGAAAAGCACGCCGAAACCGAGGGCUUCGGAAAGAUGGCAAAACGUAUGCAAUACUCGGUCGUUGGGUUGCCUCACUACACUAUUUGGCAUUUGUAUGAGCCCAGCGUGGACGACAUCAAGCACAUGGAGGAAAUGGAGGAAGAACGGAAGCAGAAAGAAAAGGAGGAGAAGGAGAAGGAGGAACGCGAGAAGAAGGCCAAGGACGCGUUCGGCAGCACCAGCGAGCAGUGGGAGAAGGACAAGGAACAGAUGAAAGAUCUCGAGACGCAAGAGGGCAAGAAGAGCACAGGAUCCGAAGGCUCGAAGAUGUCGAAUGACAAUAGCAAGGACUCUGCGGAAAAGGUGAAGGCCAAGUCCGCGGAGAGCAAGAACAAAGGGAAGAUGGCGGACGCGUGA